GGGGCCUCCCUCCGCGCUCCUUCGGCCAUGGCUCCACGGGCGCUCCUGUCGCCGCUGCUGCUCCUCCUCCUCCUCUCCUGCGGCGGGGAGGCCUCGGGGCCGCCGGAGCUCCGCCACCCGCCCUCCCGCAUCGGGGUGAUCGGGGCCGGCAUCGGGGGCUCCUCGGCAGCCUAUUUCCUGCGCCAGAAGUUCGGGCCGGAGGUGCGGAUCGACGUCUUCGAGCGGGGAGAGGUGGGGGGCCGCCUGGCCACCGUCCAGCUGGAAGGGAGGGACUACGAGGCGGGGGGAGCCGUCCUGCAUCCGCUCAACCUCCACCUGAAGCACUUCGUGAAGGAGCUGGGGCUUUCUGUGCCUCAGAGCGACAAUGGGCUGAUGGGCGUUUACAAUGGGGAGGAAUUUGUCUUUGAGGAGAGCGGCUGGUAUGUCUGGACUCUCCUGAAGCUCUUGUGGCGCUAUGGACUGAACCCCCUGCGCAUCUACAUGUGGGUGGAGGAAGUCCUGGAGAAGUUUAUGAGAAUCUAUCGGUACCAGUCGCACGACUACGCCUUCAGCAGCCCUGAGAACCUGCUCCAUGCCCUUGGAGGGGCGGACUUCCUUCACAUGUUGAACCACACCAUCGAUGAGUCCCUGCAAAAGGCCAGAUUUUCUCAGGCAUUCAUUAACGAGAUGGUCACCCCUAUCAUGCGAGUCAACUAUGGGCAGAGUGCCAGCAUCAAUGGCUUUGUAGGAGCUGUAUCUUUGGCUGGAGCAAGUGGAGGACUUUGGUCGGUAGAAGGAGGCAAUAAAUUGGUGUGUACAGGCCUCCUGUAUGCUUCCAAAGCCCAGCUGAUUUCUGGUCCUGUUAUCUCCAUAGAAACAAAAACAAGGCUGAAGGGCCGUGCAGGUGGUCUGACAAAAAAAUAUGAGGUUACCUACAACGCUACAUCUGGAGUAACAUCUGGUGCCUACGACAUCCUCCUCAUCGCUACUCCCUUGCAGCACCAAAUCGCCAACAUAACUUUCCGCAACUUUGACCCACCGAUCCCCAAGUUCUCUACUCCCUACCACCAGACGGUGGCCACAUUUGUCCAUGGGCACAUCAAUGCUUCCUUUUUUGGCUAUCGGGAUCCUUCUCAGUUCAACCUGCAGACCAUUUUCACGAUGGAAGAUCCUCACCUGUUUGUCAGCAGCCUUGGGGUGGUUUCCCCGGUGAAGGACACCCACCUGGGCUCUCCUGUCUGGAAAGUGUUCUCCCGUCAGCUGCUGACGGAUGAGCAACUGAAGCUGCUUUUCUCCUCCUAUGACUUGGUGGAGGUACGGAAAUGGCUGGCCUACCCACACUACAGCCCCCCACAGAAGUGCCCACCUUUCAUUCUCCACGAUCACAUGUAUUACGUCAAUGCCAUAGAAUGGGCAGCCAGCGCCAUGGAGAUGAGCGCAAUCUCUGCCAAAAACGCGGCCCUCUUGGCUCACCACCACUGGUACAAGAAGAUGGAUAGGAUUGAUCAAGAGGACUUGCAUGAGAGACUCAAGACAGAGCUUUGACGUGGCGCGACAAGGGUUGGGGGAGGCAUCGAAGGGUGUGGGAAACUUGCAAUGUAUCUUGGGUGUUGGGUAUCAGUGCGCAAUAUGUCUGAACUUUGAAAUGCUCCAUUUGCAGCCCAAAAUGUUAUGCUUCACAUGUCUUCGCUUGGCAGUACCUAGGAUACUUUUAAGCUCAGAACAUUCCUACAAGGGCCAAAAUAUAUUUAGUGAGGUAAGAAAGGGUUUGAAAAUGAUGUUUCAAGCUUCUGUUUGCAACCAUCGCUGUUUAUCCUACUUUGGCACUCCAAGAAAACAGGCUUAAAGGGAAUUCUUGGCAACAGCCUUUUAAAAACUACUGUACCUUCUAGAUUUCUUUUGCAAAUCACUUGUAAGUAAUUUGGGGGGCAUAUGAAAAACGUUGAAUAAAGCCUUCGGGCUCACAACUUAGGUAUUUUACAUAGCAAUUUUUCUUAAAACCACUGGAUAAAAUUGUCAAGAGACUUCAUGUACUUAGUUUCAUAAUGACUCCCAACAAUUCAUUACUUUUGAUUGAAAGAUAUUUUUACAAUUCUGAAAUCCAUUAGUUUGGGGAAUGACACAAGAAAAUGAAUAUGCUCAAUUUGAAUCUGAAUUGGGCUGUUCAAGUAACUGAAAUGAUGCCUUUUAAAAUUUGUAUUUUAUAAGAAUUCAGCUGCUCCAGCACACUGAAAUUAUGAAAUAUCUGUCUGAAUAAGCCCCUUCUUUUUUUGAAGGGGAAGGAAAUUGGAUGUUCUGGAUGGCUUUUGACAAACUCCACACAGAAGUAGCACACCAACCGAGUGUUGAGUCAUUUGGCUGUGAUGGGAAUUGAUACUGGCUUGUUGCCUAAACCCCUUCCUGUGGGCCCAAGACCGGACUGGAACUCAACAGUCCCCUAGUUUCUGGCCUGGUGCCUUCACCACUAGAUCAAACUUCAUAUUAAAAAAUAUAGCUUGAGAG